GCUAAUGAACUGCUAGGACCAGGAUUAAACUAGAGACAGAAGAAAUUACGUGAAGGCAACAUGACAAUUCGAAAUCUUGGAAAAUCAUCCAUCAAGUACCCACUGGGCACUGGCCUCGCGGUUUGUGAAGGCGCAGUGUGAUACUCACCCAUCCGAAAAAAGCCUUGGCACGUUUCUCAGCCAAAAAUAAUCGAAUUUCAACAUUUUUACCAGUCUGCGAUAAGAAGAAACUUCAAAGAAAUAUGUCGGAUGCAAAAUUCGGUAUCCGCUGCAUUAUGCAAGCACAAAGGUCCUGAAUAUGAAGACCAAUCGGAAAUAUGACACAGGGUGUUGCAACCAGACGUAAAGGCGAGGCGGAUUUCCCAAAAACGAAUUUGAACGAGGUGUAGUUGCGGAACCAAAAAGGAACUGUAUUGCUGUGGGAAAAAAAAAGACAAGACGUCUUGUUGGUUUGUCAGAGCUUGGAAGGUUCCUCAGUAUGCCCCAGACAGUCGGCUCUGCGCAACGGGUUUGGUGAAACCUCUUUUAGCACAAUGUUCGACGACAUAUCUCCUAGUAAUUCGGGAAGAGCAAGUGGUUUCGGCGAGAGCUUCAAAAUAUUAUUCAGAUGGAAACACAGUGUUUACCGUCUUCUUUGGGAGCCGUUUUUGAUCUACGUGAUUUCCUACAUUUCUCUUUCGUUGCUCUACGAUUACGUGCUCAGCGCUAAUGCAAGAGUUGACUUUGAAGCCAUAGCCGCCUACUGUUCCAAAUAUACGUCUUCACUUCCCAUCGUUUUAUUGCUGGGAUUUUUCACAUCCACUUCUAUGCAGCGAUGGUUUUCUGUCUUCAAUACCAUGCCUGGAACAGCAAAAGUGAUUGCCAUUUUCGUUCUUGCGCUGAAAGAGAACGCAGCAGAUGGAGCGCAGAUGAUUCAGCAAUACUCUAGAUGGAUUUUAUUGAGCUGGACUUUUACAUUCCGUUUAAUCUGUCAGCCUUUGAAAAAACUUUAUCCUGAUUUACAGUCACUUCAAAACGCUGGGCUUAUGCUGGAGCACGAACGGAUACACUUGGAACAGGUGCAGUCGAAGCACUCUAGCGAGAGCGACCAUUACCUCUCUUUAGCGGUGCUGGACUGGAACUUGGCUAUGCUAAAGCGUUGCAGCCGACAAGGUCUUUUCACGAUUCCAGCCGAUUGCAAUCGUCAAGUGGACGCGCUGAUGGCCUUCAAAAAAAGCUGUUGUAAUACUCUAAAGUUUUCUUCCAAGAACAUACCAGUUGCUUUGAUUCAGGUUGUGACCAUCACCGUCUACUCUAUCGGCGUAGCAUCGCUGAUGGCCCGUCAGCUGGCUGAUAAAAAUCCUGCCACCUCUUUUAUCACGGGUUACUUUCCAAUGCUCAACACCUUUCAGUAUUUUCUUUAUCUAUCUUGGCUGAGAUUUGGAGCUAUGGCGUCCAAUCCAUUCGGAGAAGACGACGACGAUAUUGACAUUACAAAAUUGCUCCAAUCUCACAUCGAGGAUGCACAGAGAUUACAAGCGCUCUACGUUACGGGGCCGGCGGAUGAACUAGUGACGACAUCAAUUGAAACCCCAUCAAAAAAAUGGCCGCGCAAUUUGUGUGUGUAUACUGACGAAGGUGCUGAACAGGUUGACGGAGCAGACGACGACGGAAUCGGUUUGACAGAAGUUUAGUAUUACAACAUCUACUAGCGCCAGAUAAGAGUCUCAGCCGUCCAUGCCUCCGUAUCUCGCUGCUUUGUUUACAAACUACUAGAUCCGCAUUUAGCAACCCUACCCUAAAAACAGAGAGCUUGGUCCGAAACUAAUGGUGAAAUCGUUUUUUUUAAUGCUUUUUCUAACAAAAGUCUUUAUUUUAAAAUGUUCCUCAAGCGCCUUUCACAUAACAUAUUCUCUUUCGCUAUUUAACUCAUAUUCCAUUAUCCAUGAUAUGUUAAUGCCAUUAUGCUUGCCUACAAAGCGAGAUAAUAAUUCAUUGGCAAGCAUUGCAAAGUAUUACUAAAGGGAAUUCAAACAGUAUUCGUCAUGAAUUAUACACUUAUGAGUAUGACAAAGUACCCUUUCUAGUUUAAAAAGAAAUUGAUGAUAAUGUCAUUAAUUAACGGAGAAAUUAAACCGACGCACACCGAAA